AUGUCUAAAGAAGCAAAACACAUGAAUUAUCUAGUGCUGGAAAACUACAUCGGAGGGAAGUUUGUGCCAUGCGGCAAGCAUUUAGACUCAUUCGAUCCGUCAACUGGAGAGGUUUACUGUAAAGUUCCAGACAGUGUACCAGAGGAGGUGGAUGCUGCUGUAAAAGCAGCCAAAGACGCCUUUCCCGAUUGGUCUGCGAAGAGUCCAGCAGAGAGAUCUCAAGUGCUGAAUAAACUGGCAGACCUGAUAGAGGCCCGUCUGGAGGAGUUUGUUCAGGCUGAGUCUAAAGACCAGGGAAAGACUGCAACUUUUGCUCGAAAUGUGGACAUUCCACGUUCAGCGUACAACUUCCGUUUCUUUGCUUCGUCUGUUCUGCAUCACCUUAAUGACUGCAGUCAGAUGGAUCACAUGGGUUGUCUCAACUACACAAUACGCUGUCCUGUAGGAGUGGCUGGUCUUAUAAGUCCAUGGAACCUGCCGCUUUAUCUCCUGACAUGGAAAAUUGCCCCGGCUGUCGCUACAGGAAACACAGUGGUGGCCAAACCCAGUGAAAUGACCUCAGUCACUGCCUGGAUGAUGUGUCAGCUGUUGGAGGAAGCUGGCUUUCCACCUGGAGUGAUUAAUAUCGUGUUUGGGACAGGCCCACGUGCAGGGGAUGCCUUGGUGUCCCACCCUGAUGUGCCUCUUAUUUCAUUUACGGGCAGCACGGCUACAGCAAGACUGAUUACCGAGCGUAGUGCACCAUAUUGUAAGAAACUUUCUUUGGAGCUUGGUGGGAAAAACCCUGCUAUUAUAUUUGCUGAUGCUGAUAUGGAGCAAUGCAUCAGCACUACUGUACGAUCCAGCUUCUCCAAUCAGGGAGAGAUCUGUCUCUGUACCAGCAGAGUUUUUGUUGAACGGAGUAUUUAUCCAGAAUUUCUUUCUCGCUUUGUGGAGGCAGCUCGGCAGUGGAAAACCGGAGCGCCCUCCGACCCCGCCAACAACAAUGGUGCACUCAUCAGCAAAGAGCACUUGGAGAAGGUCAAAGGUUAUGUUGCUUUAGCGCUGGCAGAGGGUGCUCAGGUGCAUUGUGGGGAGGGUGUGGACAAACUUACCCUUCCACAGCGAAAUGCGGGUGGCUAUUUUAUGCUGCCCACCGUCAUCUCUGGGGUUACAGAUUCUUCCGCCUUGAUGCAGGAAGAGAUAUUUGGACCCGUUACAUGUGUGACACUCUUCGAUAAAGAGGAGGAAGUGAUAUCCCGAGCCAAUGGUGUACGCUACGGCUUAUCCGCCACGGUAUGGUCCCGAGAUGUGGGGCGAGUGCACAGGGUUGCUAGGAAACUGCAGGCUGGGUUAGUGUGGACCAACUGCUGGCUGGUCAGAGACUUAAAUCUUCCGUUUGGGGGUAUGAAAAGCUCUGGGAUUGGUAGAGAAGGUGGAAAAGAUUCAUACCACUUCUUUACAGAGGUUAAAGUGAUCGCCAUUAAACACUAAUCUGGCCUAAAACAUUCACACACAAGAUGAAGUAUACAUGGGAGAGUGAGUCACAAUGUGAAUCAUGUGUUAUUGCGAACCUGUUUACAAAUUAUAUAGAGGAAGCAAUCAGAUGUUUUGUCUUGGA